GACUAGUUGAAUGCGAGAGAUUGUAGCAAAACUCGCAACACUCAACCUUGAACCUCCCUCUUCUGUGUCCACUAACGUUAAUUUUUUCCCUCUCUUCUUUUCAUUUUUCUCGCAAUUUCUGUAUUUCCCAAAACCCUAAGAUUUUCCCCCAAAAUCAGAAAAUGGAUGAAUUAGUGGGGAAAAUCGUGACGAAGAAGUUUAAAGGGUUUGGGAUUUUUAAAGGAGUUGUUGAAUCAUACGAUUCGUCAACUGGAUUUUUCAGAAUUGUGUACGAAGACGGCGAUUCCGAGGAAGCCGAUCUUUCCGAGGUUUCUCGCUUACUCUCUUCUACUGAUACUGUUGCUCACUCAAUUGUAGAAAAUCAGAAGGUUGCGACAACGAAGAAAGUUGGGAGAAAGCCUAAAAGACGGCGUCGUAAUGAUCCAGGUAUAGCUUAUGAUUCUUUGGAAAUUGAUAAUUCGCAACGUAAAUUAGUGAUUGAUAAUGUGUUAGGUUGUAGUUUAGUGAAUGAAUUUAAUGAUUGUGGUAAUGUAAAUGGUAAGUUAGAUGGUAUUGUUGGAAAUGGUGGAUUGGACUUGAACCGCGGAUUGAGUUUUGAUGAUGGAGUUGAUAAUGUGGAAAUUAGGGGCUGUAUUGACUUGAAUUUGACGGUAGAUGAUGAUGAUGAUGAUGGGGUUGAUGAGAAUGAGAGUAGGGUUCAAAAGGUUGAUUAUUUAGGGAAGAAAGAACGUGGGUUCGAUUUGAAUUUAGGGCUCAAUGAGGAUAGCAUGAAUGGGGAGAAUGGGACAAUGGAUGCGGGUGCAUGUAUAGGUUCAGGUGAAGAAGUGAAAAAUGGGGAGACCAGUGUUGUAACUGUUGUUGAUGCUAACAAUGUUAAUAGUAGGGUUUGUGAUGCUCAAUCAGAAGGGGGUUGUUUGGAGGCUGUCACGCCAAAUCAAUGCCAGGAUGGAAACUCUGGUAGGAAGAAGAAGAAGAGAAAAGUCGAGAGGAAUUUGAAUUCACCAACAGAAACUGUGUUGAGAAGAAGUGCACGUCGAGCAAAAGUUACUGUUGCUGAUGAAAAUUUAGCUUCUAGUGCAAUGGUAGAGGAUGAAGGAAAUGAUUUGUCAUUGUCGGGAAUUAUUGAUGAAUCAGAAGAGAAGCCUGUUCCUCAGGUGUUGGAAAAACCUGCAGAACCUCCUGCUCCUCCUUCCAAGAUUGAAUUGCCGCCUUCUUCAGCUAAUUUGAAUUUAGAGGGGAUUCCUGUAAUAGAUCUCUUCUCUGUAUAUGCUUGUCUUAGGUCGUUUAGUACUGUAUUGUACUUGAGUCCGUUCAAAUUGGAUGAUCUAGUAGCCGCAUUGACGAGCAGGGUGUCUAACCAAUUAAUUGAUUGUAUCCAUGUCUCAAUCUUGCAAACAUUGAGAAUACACCUGGAAUUGCUUGCAAGCGAGGGAUGUGAAUCUGCAUCGUCUUGUUUGAGGAAUUUGAACUGGGACUUGCUGGAUGUAAUUACCUGGCCUGUUUUUAUGGUUGAAUAUCUACUGAUUCACGGUUCAGGGCUAAAGCCUGGUUUUACUCUCAAUCAUUUGAAGCUAUUUGAUGCCGAGUACUACAAGCAACCAGCAGAGGUGAAGAUAGAAUUCCUUCGUUGUCUCUGUGAUGAUGUCGUUGAAGUUGAGGCCAUUAGAUCAGAUCUUAGUAAGAGGACAAUUAUUGCCGAGGCUAAUAUGGAAGCUGGUCGGAUGAUGUGCAAUGAAAGAAAAAGGAGGACCUCCUUAGAAGGUCCUGGAGCCCCCUGCUUGAGUGAAGACGUGAAAGAGGAGAUUGCUGAUGGAAAUAGUGAUGAGUGCUGCCUUUGCAAGAUGGAUGGGAACUUAAUAUGCUGUGAUAGUUGUCCUGCUGCUUAUCAUUCAAAAUGUGUUGGAAUUGUCAGCAGUCUUCUGCCAGAGGGUGACUGGUACUGUCCAGAAUGUGUGAUUGGCAAACUGAAUUUUGUCAAUAAACCUCAAAAAUUCAUACGAGGUGCAGAGCUACUCGGAACUGAUCCUUAUGGACGACUGUUUUUCCGCUGCUUUGACUACCUUUUGGUGUCAGAUUCCAUUGAUGCCGAUGCUUCGUGUAGUUAUUACCACAAAGAUGACUUUGGUGCAGUUAUUCAGCUACUGCGAUCAUCCAGUCUUCUGUAUGGCUCAAUUAUAAAUACACUAUUUCGACAUUGGGACUUUCCGUCCGACUUGUGUCCACCAAAAAGUGAUUCGGGGUCUGAGAAUCGUAAGUUGAAGGAUGGAGCAAAUGAUGGAAAGAAAACAAAAAGAUGUAUUGUUUCGCGAUAUUCUGGUCAUUUAAGCUCUGAAUUUUCUGGAUCUGCUGACUUAUUUGGUUCAGAUACUGCUGAACCCUUAGAGGCAGAGAAUUUACGUACAAGUUCUGAAGGAUCUGGUGAAGUCUUACAGGAAAAUCAGUUGAUUCAAAAAUCUCAUAGACCUGUGUCCAAUAUAGCUGCCAAGAGGACAUCUGGGAGGAGCGGUGCAGCUUUCAAGCAGAGGAAGAAAAAAGGUUCUUUUGUGAGGAAAGGAAAAUCCGAUUUGAAGGCUAAAGAAGAUGGUGUUUUGCAAGGGCAUGCUGGAGAUGGCUACAUGAAUAGCUACAGCUUUGCUCGAAUAGCUUCUACAGUUGUUGAAGAGUUAUUGAGAAAACCCUCUGGUAAAGUAAAUAUAGAUGUCCCAAAGACCGAGGAGGAGAUAAUAUCAAUUCAAUUGAAGUUUAUAUUGAAGAAGUCAGCAAAGUCUUGUUGGACUACUAUUCAAGAUCUAAAUAGGGAGAGGCAGAGAGAAGAAUGUGGAUGGUGCUAUUGUUGCAGGUUUCCUGUUGAAGGAAGAGGCUGUUUAUUCAGUGUCAAGAAUGGCAGUUCUGUUCCAGAUGCUCUCAAAGUAGAAAUCGAUGGCGUCCUCUCAAAAAGGAAUAAGAAAGGGCAUAUUGUUGAUGUUAUUUGCUAUAUUCUUUGUAUGGAAGAGCGCUUGCGGGGAUUUCUAUCUGGUCCAUGGCUACGACCUCAAUAUAGUGAGCUUUGGCGUCAACGUGUUCUUAAAUCAUCUGAUUUUUUGUCACUGAAACUUCCUCUGCUUACGCUAGAGUCCAAUUUACGUCCUUUGGCUCUUUCAGCAGAUUGGUGGAAACAUGUUGAUUUGGUUACUACUAUGGGUUCGGCUUCUCACUUUGUGGCCUCUUCACGUCCUACUUCAAAGAAUAAUAUCAGCAGAAAGAAGGUUAGAUGUGCAGACUCUGAGACUAAAUCAUCAACUGCUGGCAGUGGGUUGGUUUUAUUUUGGUGGAGAGGGGGUAGGACUUCUCGUAGUCUCUUCAAUUGGAAAGUCAUACCUCGCUCUUCGGCUUUGAAAGUGGCGCGAAAGGGUGGCCGCAUGAAGAUACCAGAUAUACAAUAUUCUGAUGCUUCUGAAAGUACUAGGCGUACCAAAUGUGUAGCAUGGCGGGCUGCUGUAGAAUCAUCCACAAAUCUUGAACAGCUGGCUUUGCAGGUGAGAGAGUUUGACCUGUUCAUUCGAUGGGAUGACAUUGAGAAUACUCACCCUCAUUCUCUAUUGGACAAGGAAUCCAUUAAGUCAAUCAGGCUGUUUAAGAAAGUCAUAAUCAGAAGGAAGAGUUUAGUAGGAACUGUAGCAAGAUAUCUUCUGGAUUUUGGCAAGAGAAGAAGUGUUCCAGAUGUUGUUCUUAAACAUGGGCAAAAAUUUGAGGAAUCGGACUGUGAGAGAAAAAAAUUUUGGUUGGAUGAAGUGUAUGUUCCUCUAUAUCUCUUGAAGAGUUUUGAGGAGAGAAGAAUCGCCCGUAAGGCUGGUAAGAAAAAUUCCAGUAAAUCCCAAAGGGGUGUUAAAUUGAAGAAGAAGUCAUUAAGGGAAAAAGGUUUUGACUAUCUUUUCUCAAGAGCAGAAAGGGCGGACAGUUAUCAAUGUGGACACUGUAACAAGAAUGUGAUGAUCAGUGAAGCUGUGAGCUGCCAGCUUUGCAACGGCUAUUUUCAUAAAAGACACGUCAUGAAGUCUUCAGAGGGAAUUACUGCUGUAUGCACAUAUACAUGCCAUAGAUGCCGUGCAGGGAAGAAUGCAAAGAAAGAAAGCAAUCUGCGGAAGCGGAAGUUUAGUAAACUUCAGGAAGCAAAAGAUUAUAAGGCUGACAGCAAAAGGCCUUCAGCAAUGUUGAAGGUUAAGCCAAGGAAAAAGGGGAAAAAAUUAGCCGUUCGUAGACAAGUGCUUUUGCGUAAUGCUAAAAAGAUGCAAUACAAUGAUGAGACUCUAGCACAGAAAAAUACCAAUGUCUCUACUGGUAUUACUCUGCGUCGGUCUGCUAGGAAAUCAAUGUGUACACCUGUGCAAUCUAAUAGAUUUGUGGAAGGAAAAAAGGGGAAAAGGAAUAAGCUAAGGAAUGUGGCAUCAAAAGUAACACCAAAGGGCGUCUCAUGGCAGAACAAAAGAACUCAGAUCCUUCAUUCAUUCUGGAUAAACGGUCUUUUGUUGUCCAGAAAGCCAAAUGACGAGCGGGUUCUGCAGUUUAAAAAAAGAAAUGUUUUUGUCCCAUCUGGAUUUCCAGCUGAGAUUGAUGAUCAACCAAAAUGCUCCCUCUGUUCUCAGCAAGGAUCUAUGUCAGCUUUGAUGUAUAUAGCAUGUGAAAUAUGUGGAGAUUGGUUCCAUGGUGACGCAUUUGGACUUGACAAAGGAAAUAUUAAGAGUCUUAUAGGGUUUAAAUGCCAUGUAUGCCGUGGGAGGAGCCCUCCUGUUUGUCCUUUAGCUGAUAUUUCAAGGGACGAUGAUACACUUCUUAUUGAAGCUUCAAGUGAGGCUCAGGAUGCUCAGAGAUUACCUAAAGUUGUUGCAGUUCAAAAGGAUGCAGAUACUGUGCAAGAGCUUCAGUGCAGUGAAGGUUUCUCUGGUGUCUUGGAGGUUCAGACAAAACAGAAUUGUGAUGGAAAUCUUGACCACGAUGAGACUCCGAUGCUAAUUUAUGAGGUGAGAGUAGAAAGCGGGUCACCUACCAACAAGGAGGUUGUAUCCUGUUCAAGAGACAAUAGUACACUGUUUGUUGGAGGUUCAAGUGACGCCCAGGAUGCUCAGGGACUACCUGAAGUUAUUGCGGUUCAAAAGGAAACAGAUCGUGUCCUAGAGCUUCAUUGCAAUGAAAGUUCUUCUGGUCUCUUUGAGGUCCAUACAGAUCAGAAUUGUGAUAAAAAUCUUGAUCUGUAUGAGACUCUGAUGCCAGAUUCUGAGUUGAGAGUUGAAAAUGGGUCAAGUUCCAGUGUGGAGGUUGUAUCUUGUUCAAGGAAUGGUACCCUUCAUAUUGAAGCUUCAAGUGAUGCUCUUGAUGCUUGUGAUGCUCAGGGAUUACCUGACGUUGAAGUUCAAAAGGAAACAAAUUGUAUGCUAGAGGUUCAGUGCAAUGAAGGUCUUAGUGGUCUCUUAGAGGUUCCUACAGAACAGAAUUGCAAUGGAAAUCUUGACCAGGAUGAAACUCCAAUGCUAGAUUCUAAGGUGAGAGUAGAAAGAGGAUCACCUACCAGCAAGGAGGUUGUAUCCUGUUCAAGAGACAAUAGUACACUGUUUACUGAAGCUUCAUGUGAGGUUCGGAAUGAUCAAGGAUUACCUGAAAUUAUUGCAGUUGGGAAGGAAACAGAUGGUGUGAUAGAGCUUCAACGCAAUGAAGGUUCUUCUGGUUUCUCAGCACAGAAUUGUGAGGGGAAUCUUGACCAGGAUGCUACUCUGAUGUUAGAUCCUGAGUUGAGAGUAAAAAACUGGACAUCUACCAGCAAGGAGGUUGGGUUCAGUUCAAAUGAAAGUGAAGAUUUGGACUUGGAUACCAAAUUGCUGAAAGAGUCUGAUGAGAAUUCCAUAUUGGAAGGAAACCAGAUAAGCUAAAUGAUCACACUUAAUAUCACUAACAGGACGGUGGUUAUGCACAUCAGUUUUGGAUAGGAUGGACACAAAAUCCUCAAAUAGCUGAAGGGUAGAUGAUUCUUGUGGUAAUUUAUUAUUGUACCAUGGUAUUUGUCUACAGCCUUUAAUCACGUGAAAAAAGAGGCUGUAGUUUCUUGUCAACACUAAUUGUAGCAGUGAGGGCUGUUACCUUCAUGAUUUUGCUACCUCAUUUCUGAUUCAUAUGACCAGAUACAAUUUACUUUAGAGGUAGGAUAGUUUUUACAGAAUCAAAUGAUUAAUACUUAGUUGAUUCUUACAAUGUGAAUGGAAUAGUAUGAUUAAUACUUUGUGUUUUGCUA